GGAAGAAGCGUUGGGAGGGGGGAAUGUUGCCCUCCGCCUUUCCCGGGACGUGCAGGACCUGGGGUCUACGUCAGGGUGCCAUGUCUAGUGUCCGGUUCCGGGGUGCGGCCCUCCGGCCUCCGCAGCCCCGACUCCGGAGCAGGGGGUGACCGGGUGGGUGGGAGGAGAAGGUCCGUUCCUGGGCCCCGCAGACCCCGCGCCCCUCCUCCAGCGCCGCGCCUCUCCACUUUCCUAAUGACUUUUCGGGAUUUCCCCCUCCAAGGCUCCAACUUUUCGCUUUUAUGGCUGAUCCCUUUCUCUUCCCACCCCUCUCUUUGGGGUUUUCUCAGCUGGUGUCGACCUCCCAGCCUAACCCGGAGCGCAGGCUGGGGGCCCUUCCUUCUCCGACUCUGCGAGGUGGGCCUGGGAAGGGGCCAGGCAUCUGAGUCACCUGCUGCUGGGAAGCUCAGGCGGUGUCCUGAAGGGCAGCAGGCCACAGCGGUACACAGAAUGACCCGCCAGCUUCCUUCCACGCUGAAGUUGUGUGGCUGUGUCCCAGCCCCACAGCGUGCAGGGUUUGAGGUUAAGCCAGUGGACUGUGCUCACCACUCCAGGCCCAGUGCAUACAAGGCGGCAUCCUGGGGUCUUUCUCAGGCCCUGGCUCCUGCAGGGCUGUGGACAGUCGUUGGCAAGAAGGAAAGACUCCAGGUCGUUGCUUAUUGGAGAAACGACCCAUAUUUCCCUUCUCCCUUCUGCACGCCCAUUGUCUUUCUACCUUCUCCCCUCCUCUGACAGCUGUCAGGUAGUCCUGAGUCUGCUUCUGCAUUGAGGUGGAUGUGUACAGAAGCAGAGGCCUCCUUUUGCCUUCAUUCACCUCUUGUUUGUUUAGUUUGGGGGCAAAGGUCUCCCUUGGCUGUUCACUGGGCUGUAACAGGAAAAAUAUCAGAUGGGGUCCUGCUAUCCCUCAUGUUGUCUUUCCCACUGUCUGGAGAGGUGACAAAAUGAGAGGAGGUUUUGAGCGCCCACGAAGGCUCAGUGCCUUAUGGACGUUGCCUCUCACCAGCCCUGCAGGAGAGACGUCAUUGUGCCCGUUUUAUGGAGAAGGAAGCCAGAUCGCAGAGCGCUUAAGCCACUUGUCUAAAGGCACGUGGUGCUGAGACCCUAACUCCAGAGCCUGCUCCGGUGACUGCCGGCUGCCCCCGCCUCCCCCUGCAGCCAGACCCUGUGCCGUUUCCUUGGCGCUCCAGGGCUUGUGUCUGUGGAGGUAAAUGGUUGUCCAGGUUCCUGGGCCCUGUUUGGUGGGGCUUUAAGGAGAGGUUUGCAACCUGCCAUCUAGAACAUCAGAGUCACCUCCUGUAGCAGAAGGCCUGGAGCUGCUUGUCAUCCUAACAAGGUCGGAAAAUUUGGUGAUGAUAAAAAUACCCUGAAUUUGCAAGAGCUGACGAUGCUCGCACGCUUCCUGCAGCGUUGCGUUACCACUCCUGGCAGGGGCGGCGUAGAGAUCUUCAGGUGUGCUACAGGGGCCAGCAGCUACCAGCUCAGGUGGGCAGGGGCUUAGCAUUGGCGGCUGACUUCUUUGGCAAUUUCGGGACCAGCCAUGGCAUUGAGCUCUCAGUCUCACUGGCCACAACCAGACUGUACGGUGUAUGUGGGCUGAACUUUGCGUUGGGGCCUGAGUCACCUGCUGCUCACCUGGCGCCUGGGCCUCAGCAGUAUAUCUUGCCUUUCCUGAAUGAGGUGAUGAGCAGAGAGCUCUCUGAAAGGCAUGGACAAGACUAGGCAUUCACACAUGCGUAUCUGACAAAUAUGGGAUGAGUGAACAUUGCCAGGCAGGGCGCCUUUGGCCACAGGGCCUAAUUGGUGGUUUGGCCCCUGCCCAGCACUACCAGUCUUUUGCCCACUGAGCUAGCUCUCUCCCGGUCACCACCAGCUGAGUUCCCUUCUCUCCUCGUCCCGUUCCUUCUGAGCCUGGCGGGGCCGCCCUGUGGUGCGUGUGUUUCCAGCUGCCCGCUCAGAGCGUGCCCGUUUGGGAGGAUGCAGGGGGCUGGCCCUGGAGGGACCGUCAUGGUUCAGCAGAAUCUGGACUUUCCAUGGGUAACAGACUACGACGAAGCAGGAAGUUCUGAGAGAGAAUGCGGGCCCCCAAAGCCGUGCCCUCACCUGGAGGGGGAAGGCAAGACAGGCCACCUCUGGGGAGUCCUGAGGGUCCAUCCCAGGCUGCUGGGACCUGAUGGCUGACCUCACUGAGUCCUUCUUAUCAAACCUUGUCAAACCACCCAGGGGAGCCUGUUUGACUUAGAGGCGUGACUGGGGCUGAAGCGGGGAGAGGAGCCUAGGUACCUGCUUCCCGCGGGGCCUCUGCUCUCCCAAAGCUCAACACAAAGCAGCAUUGGUGAGGCUCAUCCUGCCCCAGCACCACUGCAGUAGCUGCCCCUUUCCAGGGACAAUGCUCCCUCUGUGACCAUUUUAUGGGGGUGGUUUUUUUCUUUCCACUUCACUUUUCAAGUCUUCCUUGUUUGUUCUGCUGCAUUCCUUUUUCCUGAUUCUAGCCUUUGGGGGCCCUGGGGAAGCCUCUUGGGGCCUGUAUGAGGUCCUGGACUCAGUCUUCCUGGAGCCUACAGCUGCCAGUACUUCUGUGGGGGGAGGUCCACUGCCCUGGCUUCAGUAGGGCCUUGAGCCGUUGGACAAGAGGGGGCAGGCUGGACCCUCAGGUGAUGCUGGAGAAGAGAGGAGAGAGGAACAGGGCAGCACAGAGGAGCGUGGACCCUCCGUAGUGCUAGGAGUCUGGGGAGAGAGCCAGGGCAGGAGGGAGCGCAUUGGAAAGAACCACAGGCUCCGCACGAGCGUUUGAGUUCCGACACGUUGGGGCACGUGUGAGUGCAGGGGAAGUGUGCUGCAGGGUUUCAGACCAGAAGCCCUGAACUGGAAGAGGGCAGCUCCCACGUGCCUCUGACGGUCUGUGUUCCUUCAGGGAAGUCUGUAAAGGCUGGUGGCCCAUGACCCCAGUCAGGAAAGCCCUGCAGGAAAUGAGUGGCGGACCUGAGGCAGCUUGGGAGGGUGGCCAGGGCUGCCACUGCCUUUGCUAGAGCCUGCAUCAACUGAGGUCCUCUCCAAGGCGUUCAUCCACACUUCCUUCCCCUGGCAUCUGGGAGGACCAGCACGAUGACUGACUCCCCAUUCCUGGAGCUGUGGCAAUCCAGGGCGGUGGCCAUCCGCCAGCGGCUGGGCAUCGGGGACCAGCCCAACGACUCCUACUGCUACAACUCGGCCAAAAACAGCACCGUGCUCCAGGGGGUCACCUUCGGUGGCAUCCCCACUGUCCUGUUCAUAGACGUCAGCUGCUUCCUGUUUUUAGUAUUGGUAUUUUCCAUCAUAAGAAGAAACUUCUGGGAUUAUGGCCGCAUUGCCCUGGUGUCAGAAGCAAACAGUGAGUCCAGAUUCCAGAGACUGUCAUCUUCCUCCUCAGGGCAGCAGGACUUUGAAAGCGAGCUGGGAUGCUGCCCCUGGCUGACUGCGGUCUUCCGCCUGCAAGAUGACCAGAUCCUGGAGUGGUGUGGGGAGGACGCCAUCCACUACCUGUCGUUCCAGAGACACAUCAUCUUCCUGCUGGUGGUGAUCAGCUUCUUGUCUCUGUGUGUCAUCCUGCCCGUCAACCUCUCGGGGAGCUUGCUGGACAAAGACCCUUACAGCUUUGGGAGGACGACCAUCGCAAACCUACAGACGGACAACGACCUCCUUUGGCUGCACACCAUCUUCGCUAUCCUUUACCUCAUCCUCACUGUGGGCUUCAUGCGGCACCAUACCCGGUCCAUCAAGUACAAAGAGGAGAACCUGGUAAGACGGACCCUGUUCAUCACAGGACUCUCCAGAGACGCGAAGAAGGAGACUGUGGAGAGCCACUUCCGGGACGCGUAUCCCACGUGUGAAGUGGUGGAGGUCCAGCUGUGCUACAACGUGGCCAAGCUGAUUUACCUGUGCAGGGAGAGAAAAAAGACAGAGAAGAGCCUGACCUAUUACACAAACCUGCAGAUGAAGACAGGCCAGCAGACCCUCAUCAACCCCAAGCCCUGCGGCCAGUUCUGCUGCUGUGAAGUGAAGGGGUGUGAGUGGGAGGACGCCAUCGCCUACUACACGCGCAUGAAGGACAGGCUGACGGAGAGGAUCACAGAAGAGGAAUGCAGGGUCCAGGACCAGCCCCUGGGAAUGGCCUUCGUCACCUUCCAGGAAAAGUCCAUGGCCACCUACAUCCUGAAGGACUUCAACGCCUGCAAGUGUCAGGGCCUUCAGUGCAAAAGUGACCCGCAGCCAUCCUCCCACAGCAGAGAGCUCUGCAUCUCCAAGUGGACGGUCAGCUUCGCCGCUUACCCCGAAGACAUCUGCUGGAAGAACCUCUCUAUCCAGGGCCUCCGCUGGUGGUUCCAAUGGCUGGGCAUCAACUUCACUCUCUUCUUGGGGCUGUUUUUCCUGACCACGCCCUCCAUCAUCCUGUCCACCAUGGACAAGUUCAACGUCACCAAACCCAUCCAUGCGCUAAAUGACCCCAUCAUCAGCCAGUUCUUCCCAACCCUCCUCCUGUGGUCCUUCUCAGCCCUGCUGCCCACCGUCGUUUACUACUCUACGGUGCUGGAGUCUCACUGGACCAAGUCAGGGGAAAACCGAAUCAUGAUGACCAAGGUCUACAUAUUCUUGAUCUUCAUGGUGCUGAUUCUGCCCUCCCUGGGCCUCACCAGUUUGGAUUUUUUCUUCCGGUGGCUCUUUGAUAAAACUUCCUCGGAGGCCUCUGUCAGGUUGGAGUGCGUCUUCCUGCCCGACCAGGGCGCCUUCUUUGUGAACUAUGUCAUCGCCUCGGCCUUCAUUGGCAACGGCAUGGAGCUGCUGCGGCUGCCCGGCCUCAUCCUCUACACCUUCCGCAUGGUCAUGGCCAAGACUGCAGCCGACCGCAGGAACAUCAAGCAGAACCAGGCCUUCGAGUACGAGUUUGGAGCCAUGUACGCGUGGAUGCUCUGUGUCUUCACCGUCAUCAUGGCCUACAGCAUCACCUGCCCCAUCAUCGUGCCGUUCGGCCUCAUCUACAUCCUGCUCAAGCACAUGGUCGACCGGCACAACCUCUACUUCGCCUACCUCCCGGCAAAGCUGGAGAAGAGAAUCCACUUCGCAGCCGUGAACCAGGCCUUGGCCGCUCCCAUCCUGUGCCUCUUCUGGCUCUACUUCUUUUCCUUCCUGCGCCUGGGUCUGAAGGCUCCCCUCACCGUGUUCACCUUCCUGGUGCUUCUGCUUACCAUCCUGGUCUGCCUGGCCUACACCUGCUUUGGAUGCUUCAAGCACCUCAGCCCUCUGAACUACAAGAGGGUGUUAGUUCAGGAAGAUUGGUUUUGUUUAAUCAUCGCAAGUUUUUGCUGUUGUCUGCAGACGGAAGAAUCGGCAAGUGACAAAGGAAGUGAGGCAGGGGCCCACGUGCCAUCACCGUUCACGUCCUACGUGCCCCGGAUUCUGAACAGCUUGUCCUCGGAGAAAACAGCCCUGUCCCCGCAGCAGCAGCAGACCUACGGUGCCAUCGCCAUCCACAACAUCAGUGGGACCGUCCCACGGCAGUGCCUGGAUCAGAGCCCUGCGGACGGCGUGGCGGCCGCCCGCCAGGAGGCCUGAGGGCCGGGGAGCUGCCGGGCUGGUCCAGACCCGGGGAGUGGGGAGGGGAAGGGACACAGGUGGAGAAGUGGCUUGACUCCAACCUCAACCAAGUCAGGACUUCUUUCCACCUGUUUUAAGCACAACAGCUCUAACAAGAUGGGAGCAGAAAGGGACUCUGGCCCCUGGCUGAGGCGGAAGUGCGGGACUGCCAUCAGGUGGUGGUCUUUUCCAGUCCUAGCAGUGGUAAGGGCAGGAUGUGCAGCUCUGGACUCCCCCUUGCUUGCCCGAGGCUCUGUUUAUUUCCAAGUCCCCCUUCUGCAUAAGUGCUCAGUUCUGUGGCUGGGAUGGUGCCCCUGACGGUUUUCAGCAGGAUCGUGUGUUGGCCCUGUGUUCCUCCAACCCAUUAGUGUGGUGACUGUAUCAAGCAAGAGGGGGAGGUACCAUGUGGAAGACCUUCUCCCUCUGAGCAUUCAGACACUGCCCCCCUCCUCCGGGCACACAUGCAACUGAUAACCAAAGAGUCUGCAGCAACCACAGGCCUGAGAUGGGUGCCAGAUGAUGGUCCAGGUCCAUCCCAGCUUCCCCUUCUGGCUAUCAGGCCCUUCACACCCCUGCCCCCCGGCCCCCCGGAGCGAGCCGCAGGGCGCAGGACGGGAGCGGGCCGGUGCUGGGCUGCCCCCGUCUCCUCUACGUCCCUGCCAUGGUUCUGUGUUUUUCUGUCACGUUGCCAGUGACACUGUGGCUGGGUUAGGGUCCCCUGCAGCUGGCAGAGACAAUGAGGACCACUAAUAAAAUGCCCAUUCAGCCAGA